CCCUUCUCCGCGCUACCGCUCGACCCCAUCUUCUGUCAACCUCGACUGCAUUUUCGAGUUUGGUCCUUCUUUCUUCUUCUUUCCCCGCCCGAAGGCCCUCUCCUCAAACUCCAAAAUGUCCAGCCAAGCCCCUGCUGACGCUGCGGUUCCCGCCGAAUCGCCCGCCGCUCAAACCUUGCCCGACCGCACUCAGGCCCCCGCCGAUGCCGCUGCUCCCCAGGGCGAGGUCUCCAAGAAUGCUGCAAAGAAGGCCGCCAAGUUGGCCAAGUUGGCUCAAGACAAGGCCGAGAAGAAGGCUGGAAACGCUGCCAACAAGGGAAUUGGAAAGCAGGAGGCCAAGAAGCCCGCCUCCAAGGCUCCUAAGAAGAAGAUUGACGGUGCCGCUCUGAUCGGUAUCGAUGUCUCCAAGGAAGAGGACUUCCCCAGCUGGUACCAGCAGGUCCUGACCAAGGGUGACAUGCUCGACUACUACGAUGUCUCUGGAUGCUUCAUCCUCAAGCCCGCUUCGUACUCUAUCUGGGAGGAGAUCCAGAACUGGUUCAACGGAUACAUUAAGAAGAUGGGUGUCAAGAACUGCUCCUUCCCUCUCUUUGUCUCUGAGGAUGUCUUGCAGAGGGAGAAGGACCACAUCGAGGGUUUCGCGGCCGAGGUCGCCUGGGUCACUCACGCUGGUUCCACCCCCUUGGAGAAGAAGAUCGCUAUUCGUCCCACCUCUGAGACCGUCAUGUACCCCUACUACGCCAAGUGGAUCAGAAGUCACCGUGACCUUCCUCUCAAGCUGAACCAGUGGAACUCCGUCGUCCGUUGGGAGUUCAAGCACCCCCAGCCCUUCCUGAGAACCAGAGAGUUCCUGUGGCAGGAGGGUCACACUGCCCACCUGACCCAGGAUGCGGCCCAUGAGGAGGUUAUGCAGAUCCUCGACCUCUAUGCUCGCAUCUACGAGGAGCUUCUGGCCGUUCCCGUCGUCAAGGGUCAGAAGACCGAGAAGGAGAAGUUCGCCGGUGGUCUCUACACCACCACCGUCGAGGGCUACAUUCCCGCCACUGGCCGUGGUAUCCAGGGUGGUACCUCUCACGGUCUGGGCCAGAACUUCAGUAAGAUGUUCGGCAUCACCGUCGAGGAUCCCUCCGCCAAGGGUGACGAGAAGAAGCCCCCCAUCCACGUCUGGCAGAACUCCUGGGGUCUGUCGACCCGUACUCUGGGUGUCAUGGUGAUGAUCCACAGUGACAACCGCGGUCUUGUCCUCCCUCCCCGCGUGGCUGAGAACCAGACCGUCAUCGUCCCCGUCGGUAUCACCGCCAAGACCUCGGACGAGGAGCGCAGCAAGCUCUACGCCGAGAUCGACCGCCUGGUCUCCGUCCUCCAGGACGCCGGCGUCCGCGCCAUCUCCGACCUCCGCGAGGGCUACUCCCCGGGCUGGAAGUUCAACGAGUGGGAGCUGCGUGGUGUGCCCCUGCGCAUCGAGUUCGGUCCCGGUGAGAUGGCCGGCGGCUUCGUCACCGCCGCUCGCCGUGACAUCCCCGGCAAGGACGGCAAGGCGCCCAUCCAGAUCGCCGAGCUCGCGACCGCCGUCCCCGCUCUCCUCGAGACCAUCCAGAAGGACCUGUACAACCGCGCCGACAACGAGUACCGCUCCCACCGCAAGCUCAUCACCAACUGGGACGACUUCACCCCCGCCCUCAACGACAAGAACGUCUGCAUCAUCCCCCACUGCUUGACCGAGGAGUGCGAGGACCAGAUUAAGGACAUGAGCGCCCGCAAGGCCGAGGAGGACUCCGGCGAGGCCCAGGACGCCCGUGCCCCCAGCAUGGGCGCCAAGUCUCUCUGUAUCCCCUUCGACCAGCCCGAGGGUAUCGUUCCCGGCGAGACCAAGUGCUGCAACCCCAAGUGUACCCGCCCUGCGGAGAAGUGGUGCAUGUUCGGCCGUAAGUUUUCUUGUCGUCAUCAUCUUCGAACCAUUUUCGCUAACCCAGGUCCACCUAAUCUAGGCUCGUACUAAGCGCUUUUCGUCGUCGUCAUACUAUACAAUAUCAAAUCACUUGCAACUGACAUUUUAU